AUGGCGGACUUCACGGUUUGGGUUGAGAAGAACAGAGGCCUGUGGUCUCGUGUUUACGAUGAGGUCAUCGCGCCCGAUUGCGAGAAAGAGUGGAAGAAGAGAGACGAAAACCAGCAUCUUUUGUUCAAUCAUAUCAACGAGCAGAUUGUCAGAAAUGCAAAAAUCAUGGAGGAGAACAAAAGAUUGGAGAAUGAACUGCGGCAAAGGGCUGAGAGUGUAGCACCGUCAACAGCUCUCAAGGACACUGCUACGGACGUGCCAGAGGAGCAACACCGCGGUCUCGCCGAGAAGUACGAGGAGUUGAGCAAAAAGUAUCAAGAUCUUUCUCAGAAGAUCAAGUACCUCGAAAGAAAGAACAACGCUGUCAUGCAGAAGAACAGGGACAUGAAAGAAAGUGUACGUGCAUGGCAGCAGUACGCAGACCGGGUGAAGCCAAAGCAGCGACGAAAGGCUGCUGCGACAGCCGACGAAACUCCAUCGAGAUUAUUGGCCGUUCCUCACAGCGACGAGGCGUCACCCCACAUGCCCUCGAGCCCAGGAUCUGCCAGUACUACGCAAACGCCUCUACAAUAUGCCGCUCGAGGACGAUCAUCCCCUGCCCCCGGUAUUAUACUUGCGGAUGCAGAAGCUGAGGCUGCGGAAUUGCCGCAUGAAGGCGAAGACCUGUCGACCAGUGCAUCAGUCACGCCGAGAGUUCCUCCAGCUGCGAGCUUUCACGGACAUGAAGGCGCAACACACGACUUACCUUCGCUGAACACUAGGCUCAACAGAACUUGCCGAUCCCAUGUUGAGGCCGACGCAGUACCAAGCUCUAGCCAGACUACAGUCGAUGAAGUCGCUGAUCAAGCGAAUCGACGAACCCAAAUUGUCAACGACGAAGACGACUGGCCGCAAGUCGUUUCAGAGCGGUCACUCAAACGCAAGCGAGGCCAGCAAUCAAGGUUGGAAGUCUACACUGGUCGAUCUUCGGACGGAACUCCAGCCAAGCCCCAUCGUAUCAAGGACGAGCCAGUAAGCAGUCCCCCACCUGGCACUCAUAUCCUCACACGUACGGAAACGAUUGACUUGGAUGAUGCAACACCCCAUGGCGCCGAAGCAGUCAGGGCUUUGCAGAGAAAGCCUUCUUUUCACUCCAACACGACCGGUACAAUCUUGCAUCAACGAUCUGGAAGUGCGCCAUUCUCACAAGCUGCGAGGCACGAGGAGCUGCAGAAAGAGCAUAUGGAAAGAGACCAGAUGUCCAAUGUUCGAGCCAAGCUUCAGAUGGCUGCUGACGAAUUGCGGGCGCUCAGCGAGCCUACAGGACCACACGUGGCGGAUCAGCACAUACUCCAGCCACUCGACCCAAAUACUGUCGCACAAACCACGGAACGCAACUCAAACAAGCGCACGAAGCAAGCUGCAAAUAGGCGUCUCGAGCAUGGUAUACUCGCAGAGUCUGGUGAAGCGCCGCCGCCCGUAGAUGAGAACGAGCUGAGACUACCUCCAAGUGCCGCUCGAGCGCGUCUUCAGAGGAUGCGGGCUAUGAAGGACCCCCAAACACCUACGAAUCGUCUGCAGCGUACAACAACUACUUCAUCGCCGCUCGUAAAGCCAGAGCAGACGCAGUCGCCUCCAAAGAGUGCACUUCGAGCUGUCCCAACGCCGUCAGGUCCUGGUGGGUCCCGGAGGUCUGCAGUCAACGCUCGUUCGGACCAGCGAAGCGAGAUCAUACCUGAUGAUCGACCAGUCUGGAGCAUGCGCGCUCCUGACAAGCGGCCUGCUCCACGAAGAAGCAAUCCAUCCCCGCCUGUCGGGCAGUCUCGUCUUCGCGACAAGCCGGUCCAGGAGCUCAAGGCUCACGACUUCAAGCCAAAUCCAGCGUACAACAACGGCUACACUUAUGCCUUUUCGGAAACGGUCCGAAAGAGGGGAGAUCGUUUGUGUCUCCCAGGCUGCACUAAUGAACAAUGCUGUGGCUCCCACUUUCGCCGACUAGCCGAGGCCUUGGGCCCUCUUCCUACAGCGGACGAAGAGGCUCUGCUUGAGGAGUACCUUGGCGACGCCUACAACACGAUCAUAUCGACGCAGAUGUCCUCAGACGAGCGCGCUGAGUUAGUUCUGCAAGCACGUACAAAGAAGAUGGCAAAGGACAGUGGCAAACAUCGAGAGGCCUACGAGCGACGCCGGACACCGCCUGGCUUCUGGCGUGUGGACUUCCCCUCCACACAAGAACGAGAGAUCGAUAGAGGUCGAGCGAAGGAAUUGGAGGUGAAGGCCGUACAGGAUCGCUGGCUUGAGGCACACAAGACGGGCGGGAGAUGGAUGUUCCGAGACGAGUGA